CGCCGGCUUCCGGCAGCGCAUUUUGGGUGGGCUCGCCAUGGCCACGGCGGUCACCUUCGCCUUGGUGCUGGCUGCAGCGGCAGUGCUGGCCGUGCAUGCCGCGGCGCCUGCCCCGUGCCGCAAGGACCAAUUCUGCCCUGAUGCCCGGGAUGGCUCGUGGGAUCUGGCCGACGGGACCCAAGAGGAGCAGGCGCCGGGGAAGAAAUGCACCCUGUGCACCAAAAUCCUGCAGCUGCUCAAGAAGGCAGUGGGUGAUGAGCCCGAAGAGGACGCCGUGGAGGCAGCGCUCGCCAAGGUGUGCAAAGCCGUCGGCAAGCGCCUUGGCCCCCUUUGCAAGAGGCUGGUGAAGAAAUACCGCGAGCAGAUCAUGGAGGCGCUGGAAAACGGCCAGGACCCCGUGGACACCUGCAAAGCCAUGCGGCUCUGCAAGGGCUGAGAGCCCCCCACCCCUCCCGGCAGCCCCUGGCCCCCAGCGGCCCCGGGGGCUUCGCCAGCAGCUUGACCUGACCGCCCCCGCCAUCCCCAUCCCCGUCCCGGUGCAAUAAAACCUCUCGCCCGUA